AAAUACAUUAGGAAAUGUUGUAUAGUUGAUUAACGAAUAUUUAUUUAUAAGAACAAAAAAGGAGAAAUAACUACUAUGUUAAGUAAUAUUACUUAAUCAUUGAAAAUUGAACUAACAAGUAGAUAGAAUUUUUCUCAAAGAUUCUAAGUAAAAAGAACCUAACAGCGAAAAGAGAUGAAGAAUAUAUUUAAUUUGUGCAUAUAUAUGUAUACAUCAUAUAUGUAGAAGUAUUCAAUUUGUAUUUGUUUAAACAUUAAUUAUACGUUUGAUUUUCAAGUAAAUUUAAUUAAUGAAUUAAAACAAAAGUGAAAAGUGGUUAGUAAAAGAAAAAUGCCAUUGAACGGGACAUUUAUUUCAUUAUGUUCACAUUUAACAGUCGAUUAUUGUCAACGUAAUCGUAAAUUAGUACUUGUAUGCGAUAUGGAUGAGACAUUGUUAACAGAAAGUAAUUUAACGGAUAAAAUUAUUCUACGACCUAAAAUUAAUCAUAUGUUAAGAAAUUUACGUAAUCAUUAUGAAUUAUGCUUAGUGACUUAUUCAACACGUGAUAGAACAAAUUAUAUAUUGAAUAAGUAUUUAGAUCCACAAUCACGUUUAUUCGGUAACCGGGUAUUAUGCCGUGAAGAUAUCUAUCCACAAUUUCGUAAUAAAUCGGAUGCAUUUUUUGCUCAUUUACCUAAAUCAUAUGGACGUAAUCGACGUUUAUUACGUGAAGUAAUUGGUAAUAUUAAUUCUAGACUAUCAAUUCGGCAUAAUACUACACAUCCACGUUUACAUUCACGUCGACCACCAGUAUGGACAUAUGUUGUUGUGUUGGAUGAUUUUCCAACAGCUUGGUCAAAUCUCUCGACUUGUAUACCGGUUCGACCAUUUCAUUUAAUCAAUACUGGAAAUAAGGCUAAAACUACACGCAAUGAAAGUGCUUAUGUGUUAAGUCUACAAAAAUUCCUAUUAAAAUUACACACUGCUGUUUUUCGUGAUCCAUGUAAUAUGAUAAAUGGUGAGAGACAAAAUUUAGAUAAUGCUAGUAGUAGUCAAACAAAAAAAGUCUGUUUAUCUGCGCAUACAAUAAUAACUCGUAUAAAGCGUCAUUUAUCGCAUAAUCAUCAUUUUCAAACUUUAUGCCAUUUAGAUCCAUAUCAUUUGUUUGAUUAUGAAAAUUCUGCAACACCAUCGUAUAAAACAAAUGGUGGAAUAUUUAAAUUUUGUGAAACAUUUUCAAUGCAAAGAAUAAAUGAUUCUGAUCAGCUGUUGAAUAACACUACUAAUACUACUACUCAAAAUGAUAUAAGUAGAUAUCAAGAUAUUUUAGUGAAUCAGUCCUCCUCCGCCUCACCCCCCUCGUCCUUAUCCUCUUCCUCCAUCCCAUCAUCAUCGUCAUUAUCCUGUUUACCAGAAGUUUCAAAUGUUGGCAUAUUGACAAAUACUUUAAAUAAUAAUCACCAGUUAAAACAAUCGAAAUCACCUAGGAACCACAGAAGCUAUAUAAAUUAUAUGGAUAGAAUUGGUUCAAAGGCAUGGAAUUGUCCAGCUUAUAAGCGAUCCAAACCAUCCCAGAAACGUAUCAAUGAAAAUAAUCAACUGAGCAGUUGAUAAAUACACUGAUGAAUUUUGAAAUGGAUUCUACUUUGUAAUGUUUAUUGUCUUUACGAAUUCACUAUAAAACUACCUAGAUUGUUACUGACUAGCCAGACAGUAUUAAGAUUGGAGAUUACUCACCGCCCCGCCCUCCCUCGCGAUCCCCACUCCGUAUACACCAAUAAUCCCACAAAAAUAAGUCAGAAGUACGAGGUAGAAAUCAAGCAUUGAAACAAACACAUUAUUCAUCGUUAUCAUUGUUGCUGCUAAAUAUUGCAUACUGCAUAGCAUAGGAUUAGAUGAAGGGUGGUGUUAUUUUAUAAUUACUGAUUUACGCGUAUUCAUGUAUGCAUGUAUGUAUCAUUGAACAAUUGAACAUUUAAUUUGUCGCCUUUAUUUGUUUACUUGGCUAAAUUUUAAGUUUGAAUCAGCUUGUUUUUCGCUGUCUUUUCCUUUCUCUUUCUCUCUUGUGUGGUGAAGUCUUACGUAAUAAAAUUUGAU